CUCAGCUGUGCCGGACGAGCCGAGGCUGACAUCCCGGGGUCCGGGGAGCCCGUCGGGGUCAUGGCCGCUCGCUGACAGGGCCCUGCGAGGGGCGAAGGGGCCGAGGCUGCCCCGCUGCACCCGUCCCCGGCCCUGAAACCUGCGGGCCCGGCGCUCGGCGUUCCCGCUUAGUACUGCCGCCGCCGCCGCCGGUCGGGGAGCGCGAUGAGUUGGUUCAACGCCUCCCAGCUCUCCAGCUUCGCCAAGCAGGCCCUGUCCCAGGCCCAGAAGUCCAUCGACAGGGUCCUGGACAUCCAAGAGGAGGAGCCGGGCGCCUGGGCCGAGACCAUUCCGUACGGAGAGCCCGGAAUAAGUUCUGUCAGCGGAGGAUGGGACAGUUCAAAUUGGGGGCUGAAAACCAACGCAGAACCCCAGAGUCCACCAGCAGCCUCCCCUAAAGCCAUCACAAAGCCGGUCCGGAGGACUGUGGUCGACGAAUCGGAGAACUUCUUCAGCGCCUUCCUCCCUCCAGUGGACGUGCAGACUGUUCAGAAGAGUGCAGUGGUAUCAAAGCCUCCUGCCAAGUCACAGCGACCAGAAAAGGAGGUGCAGAGCACCUUGCACGAAUCCUUGCACACUGGACAGUCAAGAGCUACGGACCCAACCGAAGCAAAAGUGAAAGACUCUUCGUGUGCGUCAGGGGAGGCUCAGGCAGUAGAAGUUCCAGCUCCUAAACCUGAAGGCCAGCAGGAAGAAACUGCUAGUAAGGAAUCUGAUAGCAAGGCCCCGACUGUGCAUUUAAAAGUAUCUGAAACGGUCGUUAAUGUGAAAACACCUGCAGAAAGUGUGCCUCAUCUGUCCACACAGUCUCUCGCCGUGGAAACCAAGGAACAAAAACACGAAGACAGACAGAGCAAUACCCCGUCUCCUCCCAUUAGUACUUUCUCCUCAGGCACUUCUACCACCAGCGAUAUUGAAGUUUUAGAUCAUGAAAGUGUAAUAAGUGAGAGCUCGGCAAGUUCGAGACAGGAGGCCACAGAUUCGAAAUCAAGUCUUCACCUGAUGCACACAUCUUUUCAGCUGCUCUCUGCGUCUGCUUGCCCUGAGUAUAACCGUUUAGACGAGUUCCAGAAGCUCACCGAGAGUUGCUGCUCAUCUGAUGCUUUCGAAAGAAUAGACUCAUUUAGUGUACAGUCCUUAGAUAGCCGGAGUGUGAGCGAGAUCAACUCCGACGAUGAGUUAUCAGGCAAGGGGUAUGCGUCAGUGCCUAUUGUGGUUAGUCCGUCAACUCCAAAGACUAAAAAAACCGAGUCUGUGGAAGGCAAAUCUCAAGAUGAAGUGAAUGAAACAUUAAUUAUACCCACUGAGGAGGCAGAAAUGGAAGAAAGUGGGCGAAGCGCAACACCUGUUAACAGCGAUCAGCCUGACAUCUUGGUUUCUCCUGCCCCAAUAAAUGAGGAGCAGAGUGUCUUAGCCAAGGUGGUUGAGCAGAGUGAAGCUGCUGAGAGUCAGCCGGAAUCACUUCCUGAGAAGGAAGAUAUUAGCAAGACAGUUGAAUUUCUGAAUGAGAAACUGGAAAAAAGAGAGGCUCAGUUAUUAACACUUAGUAAAGAAAAAGCACUUUUAGAAGAAGCUUAUGAUAACCUGAAAGAUGAAGUGUUUCGAGUGAAAGAAGAAAGUAGUAGUAUUUCUUCGUUGAAAGAUGAAUUCACUCAAAGAAUUGCAGAAGCAGAGAAGAAAGUUCAGCUAGCAUGCAAAGAGAGAGAUGCUGCUAAAAAGGAAGUGAAAAAUAUAAAAGAGGAACUUGCCACAAGAUUAAACAGUAGUCAGACUGCUGACCUUUUGAAAGAAAAAGACGAGCAGAUUCGAGGGUUGAUGGAAGAAGGAGAAAAACUUUCAAAACAGCAGCUACAUAAUUCUAACAUCAUUAAGAAAUUAAGAGCUAAAGACAAAGAAAAUGAAAAUACUAUUACAAAGCUGAACAAGAAAGUUAAAGAGCUAGAAGAGGAGUUGCAGCAUUUAAAACAGGUCCUAGAUGGCAAAGAAGAUGUUGAGAAGCAACAUAGAGAAAAUAUUAAAAAGCUCAAUACUGUGGUAGAACGCCAGGAGAAGGAUCUUGGCCGACUCCAGGUAGACAAAGAAGAACUUGAAGAAAAGAACCGAAGUAUUCAGGCCGCCCUGGAUAGUGCAUACAAAGAACUUACUGAUCUUCACAAAGCGAAUGCUGCAAAGGAUAGUGAGGCACAAGAGGCUGCUCUGAGUCGGGAAAUGAGAGCAAAGGAAGAACUGUCCUCAGCACUGGAGAAGGUCCAGGAAGAGGCCCGUCAGCAGCAAGAAACAUUGGCUCUUCAAGUGGGGGACCUUAGGCUGGCACUGCAGCGUGCAGAACAAGCUGCUGCUAGGAAAGAAGAUUAUUUACGCCACGAGAUCAGUGAACUCCAGCAGAGACUUCAAGAAGCAGAGAAUCGAAACCAGGAACUGAGUCAAAGUGUUUCAUCAGCAUCCAGACCGUUGCUUCGACAAAUAGAAAAUUUGCAAGCAACUCUAGGAUCCCAGACAUUAUCAUGGGAGAAACUGGAGAAGAAUCUUUCUGAUAGGCUUGGUGAAUCCCAGACCUUGUUGGCAGCAGCAGUUGAAAGAGAGCGAGCAGCUACAGAAGAACUUCUGGCCAACAAAAUUCAGAUGUCUUCCAUGGAGUCACAGAAUUCUUUGUUAAGACAGGAAAACAGUAGAUUUCAGGCCCAGCUGGAUUCAGAGAAAAAUAAGCUAAGAAAAUUAGAAGAUGAAAAUAAUCGAUAUCAAGUCGAAUUAGAAAACCUGAAAGAUGAAUAUGUAAGAACACUUGAAGAAACAAAGAAAGAAAAGACACUACUGAAUAGCCAAUUAGAAAUGGAAAAAAUGAAAGUGGAACAAGAAAGGAAGAAAGCCAUUUUCACUCAAGAAGUAAUAAAAGAAAAGGAACGCAAGCCUUUUUCUGUGUCUAGCACUCCAACCCUGUCACGGUCAAGUUCUAUAAGUGGAGUUGAUAUGGCCGGACUACAAACGUCUUUUCUUUCUCAGGAUGAGUCUCAUGAUCACUCGUUUGGACCAAUGUCUGUAUCAGCAAAUGGAAGCAACCUGUAUGAAGCUGUGAGGAUGGGGGCAGGAUCAAGCAUUAUUGAAAACCUACAGUCUCAGUUAAAGCUAAGGGAAGGAGAAAUUACUCACUUACAGCUAGAAAUUGGCAAUCUAGAAAAAACUCGCUCAAUAAUGGCUGAAGAGCUGGUUAAAUUAACAAAUCAAACUGAUGAACUUGAAGAGAAAGUAAAGGAAAUACCAAAACUUCGAACUCAGCUAAGAGAUUUGGAUCAGAGAUACAAUACUAUCCUGCAGAUGUAUGGAGAAAAAGCAGAAGAGGCAGAAGAACUUCGAUUAGAUCUUGAAGAUGUAAAAAAUAUGUAUAAGAGUCAAAUUGAUGAACUUUUACGACAGAGGCUUGCUUAACUUCUGAAAAUUGAGUUCUUAGUAAACUGAAUGUAAACAUUUAAUAUCUAACUGCAGACUUCAAUAAAUUCUUUUAUAGAAUUAGAAAAUGGAAUUUGCUGUAGAAUGCCAAAAUUUGAAGAUUUUCUGCAGUAUGUAGUAAUAUUUGUGGUUAAAUUAUUUUGUGCAAUAUUUGAACUUUAUUUUUGAAACUAUUCUUUAAAGAUUUAUUUUUCAAAGCAUCUGAUUUUUUCUUUUUGCCUUAAAUAGCACAGAAAUUUAUUACUUUAUCCUCAUAUCAGUAUGGUUGGGGAAGGAGAAUGGUGUUCAUUUAUGUAUAGAUAUAAAAAUAACUAAUUGUCACUGUAAUUUAUAUGUUUGUGUAUAUUAACGGCGUUAAUGUACUGAAACUUUUAAAUCUUUCAUACAAAUCUUUAACAUGAUUGCUACUCAUGCAAAUGUAUAUUAAAUGUUGAAGUAGGAAAGUUACUAAACCUGUGGCUAUUAAAGUUUACACAGAUUUUGAGUAGAAGUCACACUGACAUUGAGAUUUGAAGAAUGAGUAACUUUAAAAAGUUUACUCUGAAAUUUUAUUUUGCCCAGCUUCCACAAUUCAAGUCAAUAAAUUUUGCUGUUUUUAGGUACCUGUAUGGAGAAAGCUAUACAAAUUUAAAGGUGUUGAGACGUAAGUAAAUAAUAGAAAAAGUUCAGUUAUACUGAGUUUGUAAUGACAUUAAUAACACUUAAGUGAUUUUACUGUCCUAUAAAAUGAAUCCAAAAUAAUGCCAUUAGCAUAAUUUUCUCUGAACAUUUCCUGUUUGCAUUUGUAAAACCUUGCUUUUGGGAACAUUAAAAAUUGUUUGAUAUUACAGAAUGUCAGUAAUAUAAAAGAUUGUAGGAAUUCAUUUAAAGUUGGUAUUUUAUAUCUCUACUUACCACUUAAUUUUUUUUCGUGAAGCUUUAAACACAAAAAUAACAUGGAAUAGCUUUAGAAAACAGCUGUGCUUUCUUCCAAGCGUUAUUUCAUUCAGAAGUUAACCAGGCUAUUUUAGACCUGUGAAAUAUUUUGAUACAUUUUGUAACUGAGUGACAUUUAACCAUCUUUGUUUGCAAAUUACGCUGGCAUUUAAUGUUUUCGCUAAAUAGUAGUACUUUAGAGGAAGACCAUCUUGAAGAUUUGGGGGAGCUUUCCAGGGCAGACCAGGUGACCUCAUUUUUGUUUGUUUUGUAUUCCGGGCAGUCUUUCUGUCACUGGAGCUCUGAUUUAUGGCAUUAAUAAAUCUUUUGGUGUGAGCCAAAUUCAUAAGGUCAGUUUUCUGUAUUUUAGUGUUUAAAAACUAGUCUGUUAACUUUUUGUCAGCUUGAUUUUUUUUUUUUAAUGUUCAAAAGCAGAAUGACAAGACUAAUAGCAAUAAGAAUAGAGAAACUACAGGAAACUGAACUAGGCAGAAUUCUGUGAAGCAUUUGAAAGUAGCAGUUUAGGAAUUAUGAAACAAUCCUUUAAAAAUAUACGUUGUAAAAAAAGACCUAAAACCUUCAUUUGCAGAGAAACAAUUGAAUUAAAACUUCAUUUUGUCUUUUAGUGUUAUAAUAUUGAAUGUUCCUUUGUCAGGCCUCAUUCAUGCUACUUUUCACUGAAAAGUUGAAAGUGUUCAGCCUCUUAGCAGUGACAGUUAUUUAAAUCUCUGCAUAUUCCCUUAUAUUGUUUUUUAUUCAUAAGCAGAGUUGAUAUUCACACUAAUCUUGCUUUGAUUACUGUGCUCUGAGAUCCCGAAGUCAUGCCGAAGUUCAGAAGAUGUGCUGAGUCAGCCUCUUGGAAACUGCCAGUUAAUGGCAUACUGUCUGUUGAAUAAUUGGUUGCCACAUGUUGCUGUUUUGUCAUUAAAACUUCCCAGUCCAUAAAAUGUAUUCUUAGUCUGAUGGAUAAGAAACUAGUUUAAAAUUUGUUGCCACCAUGUUAAAAGAGAGGAAGACUGCUAAUGAUAGAAAAAGAAAAAGAAUAAAAGAGGUGAGCUUCCUUGUUGGGUGACAUUCAUAAAUAGGACAAAGAACAGAAUGCUUACAACUCUUAGGAGGUAUGUUGGAAUUAACCUUUCUUGCCUUAUGUUUGCCUUUUUUUUUUUUGAGAACCUCCAGUUGUAUAAUGUUUAGCAUGUGGAAUGUACCAGAUAUUUCCGUAUUGUGAUUUAAGAUAUUAUAAACUUGAUCUAGAAAAACGCGAGUUUUUAUGGUUAAGUAAGUGAAAAGAAUGUUCAGGGAAGUUUCUUUUUUAUUCAUGAUAUCUCAAAUGACAUGUUCAUUUAUUAAUUUAAAUUUUAUUUGGACAUAUCAAGAGCAUAUAAUUUGAAGUAUUUACAGAAUAGCCAUAAGAAAUAAGAGAAAGUGGUGCAGAUGUCGUAUUUUGUUUACUGUUGUUGGUUUAAUGCAUAUGUAUGUUUAUGUUCUAGUGUAUUAUAAUUUUUCGUUUCAGUUGAAGAAAUGUUAAUCUGAUUUUUCCUAUUAUAGGUCAGUUUUAAACAAUAUAAAUUUUCAUAAUGUUUUGUAAAGGGCUAAAAGUGUGAUUAAGAUUGCUACUAUAAUAUUUUAAUUCUAAAUGAAAAACAAUGUAAAUAAUAAAUAUGGAUCUGAUUUGAAUAAAGAUUUUACAAUAGUAA